CCUUCCCUACUAGCGAUUCGCUAAAAUUCGCCGUCUUCAACAGCCAUCUAUCAUCCCCAAAUCCGGUUCCCACAACAUUCCGCGAUCAUUGAUGUUGCCGAUCUCGCUGCUCCACCAUGGCUCCAACCACUAACAGACGGUUCGCUAUCCUGGUCAUCAACCCGAAUACUUCGCAACACAUGACGGAUACGUUGAAUCCCAUCGUGGAAAACCUCAACUUCACGGACGUCCAGUUCAAUUACUUCACGGCUCCGUCAGAAUCCGUCACUCUCGCGGAUGGCCGAAUCAUUGAAGGCGUGCCCAGCAUCAACUCGGGGGAGGACUCGGCGAAAUCCGCGUUGCACUGCAUGCCCUUCGUGGAGCCAUUGAUACCCAAAUAUGACGCUUUCCUUGUGGCGUGCUACUCCGCUCACCCCCUCGUGGGUAUGCUGAAAAAGGCAAUUACAAAUCUGGAGGACAGUGCCUCGAUAGGAGAUGCUCCGGGACCGGCAGCGACGAGGAAAUGUGUGACCGGAAUCUUUGAGGCCAGCGUUGUCACGUCGCUGUCUUUGAUUAGCUCGUUUCACCUCAUCGGCGAUCAGGGAUACGGCAAGGCCCAGGCGAAUGAUACAUUCGGGAUUAUCUCCACGGGUAGUGUCUGGAAGGAGGAGCUUGGCAAGGCCGUAGCUGAAAUGCUCGUUCAUUCCGAGGGUGCCAACAACCCGACCCGUCGUUUCGCUGGCGUAGAAACGACCGGACUUACAGCGGUUGAACUACAUACCACCCCCGCGGAGGAAGUGAAGCGAAGAAUCAGCGAGGCUACCGAGAAGCUCAUCAAGAGUACGUCCGAUCCGUUGACUGCGAUUUGUAUGGGAUGUGCGGGCAUGGCAGGCAUGGAGGAAGCGGUGCGAGAAGGCUGCGUCAAGGCCUACGGACCGAAGCAAGGCAAACAGGUGAGAAUUGUUGACGGCGUGGUUGCCGGUGCUGGGCUGCUUGUAACGGCGUGCAAAGCCGGAUUUUGAACCUACCCGUCAUGACCAGCAAUAGCGAGAAGCAAUUCGUUUGACAAGAGAGAUAAUGCUGAGGAGCAAAAAAGAUAUCUUGAAGUAUUCCUUCCAACGGAAUGGCUCCCAUCGAGAGCAUGGCUGGGGAGAUGUGCUUAUUGCAUUGCAUUGUUUACGCGGCAAGGCCCGUGACCGGCUGCCCAAGGCGCCAACCCCGUCAAAAUUAGUAUUAAUUAGAUGGAGAAUUACGAAUAUGAAAAUCC